CCUGGACCACCUGACCCACCGGGACCACCAGGCCCACCGGGACCUCCUGGGCCACCGGGACCUCCUGGGCCGUUAGGACUACCGGGACCUCCUGGCCCACCGGGACCUCCUGGCCCACCGGGACCUCCUGGCCCACCGGGACCUCCUGGGCCAGGGUUCCCGCCGGGUCCACCAGGACCUCCCGGACCCCCUGGGCCAUUUGGACUGUACGGACACCCUGGUCCACCAGGACCCCCUGGACCUCCCGGUCCUCCUGGGCCAUUUGGACUGUACGGACACCCUGGAUUAUGUCCACCGGGACCACUUGGUCCACCUGGUCCACCAGGGCCUCCCGGUCCACCAGGGCCUCCUGGUCCACCUGGUCCACCUGGUCCAUUAGGUGAGUAUGGACAUCCGGGACCAUGUCCUCCUGGACCCCCAGGUCCACCUGAUCCCCCAGGUCCUCCUGGUCCACCAAGACCUAAUGGGCAUCCUGAUCCGUGCUGGCCGGGUCCACCUGGACCACCUGGACCACCUGGACCACCUGGACCACCUGGCCCACCAGGCCCUCCAGGGUUUGCCAUGUUGGGUCGGAUAAGUGCCCCGGAGACAGUCUGGUCCCGUCCCAUCUCUGGGAUGAAUACGCUGUAA